CCCCUUCCUCAAUCUUUGACAGCUAAACGUGUUCACUGUUUGAAAAAGGAUUCUUUCUGCUCCUAACACACACGCGGAGCACCGCUCUACCUGGGCCCGCGAGCUGUCAAAGCAGUCAAGGAUUUCCAGCAGCGGGUGAAAACCAUCGGGAACAUCCACAUCACAUUACAGAUUACCCAAGACCGAAGAUCUCUAUUCGAAAAAGGAGGGGGAGAUAUAUUUAAAAUUCUGAAAAUAAAAAAAGAAGACUGAAAAGGACAACUGAAACGAUUCGAUCAUAAAAUAAAGUCAUUUUAAUAUUCUAACUCGGAGUUGGAUACCCUGGACUACAUUUCUACAGAAUAGCUGAGGUACAUUAUGGCCAUGUUAAUUCUACUGUGUGCAUGUUUGCGUGUUAUUGCUGCAACAAUGUCCUUUGAGGGCCCGUCCGGCACAGACCCUGAGAGUACUCUGAGUGUCAGCAUCCCCGAAGAACUUCCACUGCGCCCCCUUUUGGGUGGAUCCCUGGUAGUGCCCUGCUACUUUCUGGACCACACCAUCCAUGACCCUGGUGCCCCCACAAUUGCUCCCCUGUCCCAUCGUAUAAAGUGGAGCCUCGUUAAAAAGGAUAAGGUGUCAGUCAUCAUGGUGGCCACAGAAGGAAAAGUAAGGGUUGAACCUGAGUUCAUGGACAGAGUUACCAUGGUCAAUUACCCUAUGGUGCCAACAGACGUGAGCAUGGAGAUCACCGAGCUGCGCUCCAACGACACUGGCACCUACCGUUGUGAGGUCAUGCAUGGCAUUGAGGACAGCUAUGACACUGUUGAGAUGCAGGUGCAAGGCAUUGUGUUCCACUACCGUGCAAUCUCCACCCGCUAUACCCUGACUUUUGAGAAAGCCAAAGUCGCCUGCAUUCAAAACAGCGCAGUGAUCGCCACGCCCGCCCAGCUUCAGGCUGCUUAUGAUAAUGGCUUCCACCAGUGUGAUGCAGGCUGGCUGGCUGACCAGACUGUCAGGUAUCCCAUUCAUGAUCCACGAGAGGGUUGCUAUGGUGAUAAGGAUACGUACCCUGGCGUGCGAACCUAUGGAGUGAGAGAUGUCACUGAGACUUAUGAUGUGUAUUGUUUUGCUGAAAAGAUGACAGGCAGCGUUUUCUAUUCCAUAUCCCCGGACAAGUUCACCUUUGCUGAGGCAGAGGAGCAGUGUCUAAAGCUGGGAGCCCAGCUGGCUACAACAGGGCAGCUGUACCUGGCCUGGAAGGCGGGCAUGGAUGUGUGCAAUGCAGGCUGGCUGGCAGACCGGAGCGUUCGCUACCCCAUCAACAUUGCCCGGCCCCAGUGUGGAGGUGGACUUCUAGGCGUGCGCACAGUGUAUCUCUUCCCAAAUCAAACAGGCUACCCCCACCCAGACUCUCGCUAUGAUGCGAUCUGCUAUCAAGAUGAUGAAGAGGGCUCUGCCUUGCCCACAACAGCCCCAGGUCUGCAGACGACAACCCCAGAUUUGACUGGAGUGGUGAGCGUGGUCACCUUCACUGACCACCAAGUGAGCAUUCCCAGUAAGACAACCACUGAGAGUGAAGUGGCCGGAGAGUUGGCGACGCAGGGGCCAAUGAAUGUCACUGGACUGGAUGACACGGAACCACCGUUUCCACCGCCGAUCAUCAUCAAGGCUGCUGCCCAGCCAGGGGUGGGGUCAGAGCUUCACCAUGAAAAUUACACAGAGCCUGCAAUGUCUUAUACCGGUGUGGUCUUUCACUAUCGCACCGGCUCCAGCCGCUAUGCACUCACUUUCGUGGAAGCGCAGCUGGCCUGUCGGAGCAUUGGUGCCAUCAUCGCCAGCCCUGAGCAGCUCCAGGCUGCCUUCGAAGCGGGAUUCCACCAGUGCGACGCUGGCUGGCUCCUUGACCAAACCGUCCGGUACCCAAUUGUGUCUCCACGAGACAAAUGCUCAGGGGAUCUGGAGCACUUACCUGGUGUGAGAAGCUAUGGUCUACGCCCAGCAGAUGAACGCUAUGAUGUGUACUGCUACAUCGAUGGACUGUUGGGGGAGCUUUUCCAUGUAACCUCAACUGAGGGCUUCACGUAUGAUGAGGCCCUGGCCUACUGCCAGGAAGAAAAUGCCACUCUGGCAUCUACUGGUGAGCUGUACGCUGCCUGGAGGCAGGGAUUUGACAAGUGCCGGGCAGGCUGGCUGAUUGACCGGAGUGUCAGAUACCCCAUUAACAACCCCAGGCCACAGUGUGGUGCUGGCAAAGUCGGAGUUCACACCAUUUAUCGCUUUCCAAACCAGACUGGAUACCCUGAUCUGUACUCCAAAUAUGAUGCCUACUGCAUCAGAGCUGACCUGCUGGCUCUUUUCAAUGAGACUGGAUUGAACAUAACAGUGGUGCAUAAGGUGCCUGAUUUGCUGAGACCUGUGCCUGUCGCACCUCCCAUCCAUGUGGACUUGUCGGGCUCUGGUUCAGCCUCUGGAGCCAGCGGCUUCUCUGGAGACAUCUCUGGGAGUGGAAGUGCGGAGCUGCCCAGUGGGGAAUCCGGUGAAGGAUCUGGCAUCAAUGUGACCUUUUCGGGAAGUGGAUGGCAUUUAUCUGGGGAUGGCUCAGCAUCUGGCACUCCAGAGGAAGGUGGGGAGGGAAGUGCAGGCACCAUUACCUUUCCGUCUGGGAUGGGAUCUGGGGACCUCAGCGGAUUCCCCUCCGGCACCAGUGGGGACCUGUCUGGAUCUGGCAGUGCCUCUGGGUUUGGCCCUUGGGGAAGUGGGGACGUCACUGGGCCAGGCCUCAGUGAGGAAUUCUCUGGAUACAGUUGGUUCCCGUCAGGAUUCGCUCUUUCAGGUGAUAUGAGUGGCAUAUCAGGGGAUGUUUCUGGCAGUGGGGUUUCUGAGACCCUGGUGGAAGACAUCUUGGUAGAACUCAGUACCUUGAUGCCAACAGAGCAGGAGCACGGAGCCGCACCUCCGGAGUUCAGCGGAUCAGGGGACAUUUCAGGAUCUGGGGUGAGCGGAUUGCCCAGCGGUGACAUUAGUGGCUCUUCUGCUCUCGGAAGUGGUUCUGAUUUCCCUGAGGUUGCCUUUGUUGACACCGAUUUCAUUGAUCUGACAAAGAGGCCCACAGUGGCAGUGGAGGCCUCUGGAGUGGGAAGUGGAUUCCUCUCAGGGGCAUCCGGCCUCCUGUCUGGAGACAUUUCAGGUGACACCGCCAGUGGGGACAUCACUUUCAUGACAGAAGAGGGGAUGAUUGAAGUCUCCAUUCGGCCAACGGAGACCAAAGAGCUUGGCAAGGGACCAGUGGAAUUCAGUGGAGAGGGCAGUGGACUGGAACUUCUUUCUGGUCGUGAGGAUCAGCUUGGAUCCUCAAGUGGGAUCACCUCAGGAGUCCACACCAGUGAAAUGCCCCUUGUAGUCUUAACCUCUAGAUCUGAAGAUCAGGAGCUCAUGAAUACAACAGAGGGACCAGAGGAGGCCCUCUCUGAUCUGCUAGAGUCCACUGAGAUGUAUACUACUGCUACAAUGUCAAUUGCUGUCACCACUGCCCCCGCUCUCUCUCUGCGGACACCAUCUGUUGUGGCGGAGCCUCUGUCAGUGGAGGCUUCACCCAACCCAUGUGACCCAAACCCAUGUGGUGCCGGCUCAUGCACAGUGCAAGAUGGGAUUGGGCUGUGCCAUUGCCCACCCGGUAUGAGUGGAGAGGAGUGUCAGCAGGAUGUGCAGAGCUGUGAGGAAGGAUGGAUAAAAUUCCAGGGCAACUGCUACCUACACUUCUCAGAGCGUCAGACCUGGGAGGACGCAGAGCAGCGCUGCCAAGCCCUGAACUCCCAUUUGGUCAGCAUCGUUACACCAGAGGAGCAGGAGUUCGUCAACUCCAAUGCACAGGACUACCAGUGGAUUGGGCUCAACGACAAGACAGUGCAGAAUGACUUCCGCUGGACAGAUGGAACCGCCUUGCAAUAUGAGAACUGGAGGCCAAAUCAGCCGGAUAACUACUUUAACUCUGGAGAGGACUGUGUGGUGAUGAUCUGGCAUGAGAACGGUCAGUGGAAUGACGUGCCUUGCAACUACCACCUGCCCUUCACCUGCAAGACUGGGCCCGUCUUAUGUGGCCUCCCUCCUGAAGUGGAAAAUGCCAGGAUGUUUGGGAAUAGGAGAGACCGCUACCAAGUGGGCUCCAUAAUUCGCUACCAGUGUAACCCUGGGUUCACACAGCGCCACCUGCCUGUGGUGCGUUGCAUGGCAGAUGGACAGUGGGAGAGGCCGAAAGUGGAAUGUAAAGUCUCUGCCACAACCGACCACAGUCUACAGAAAAGAUCCAUCAAAAGACGAUCAAAAACAGCCAGCAGCAGAUCUUGGGGAAAACUUCGUUAAACCAGAAAACAGGGAUUUGAAUGAGAUUUUAAAAGAUAAUUAUUUUAAAAGAACACAUAUUCAAAAAGUCAUUCUUCCAUCUAAAAAAAACAGAUUAUGAAGUAAAAUUUCCCAUCUUGUGUAUAUACAAACACCAAAGCAAGUUUAGACAUAAUUGUGUAGUCCAUCUGGUUGAUGUAUUGGUUUCGGAGUGUCACUCUAUGCCUUGCUUUAGGGGGAUAAAACAAGUGAAGAUUUUAUUUUGUUGUUCUUGUUGUUUUUGUGCCAGACACACUGAAAUGUUUGAAUUAUUAUAUCAUAUCAUUUUCUUUAUUAUCAUUUGGAGGACGCUAGGCCAUCUGUAGAGUUAGGAAGUACUAAAGUGUCACUGGCCCCUCAGUCAGCCAUAUUAGUUCACAGUCCCAUGUUAAAGGCCAAAACAGUCGCAUUAUUGAAGAAUUAUUGCUGAGGUUCCAAGACAUUUGCAAAUCUGGAUCUUAUAGCCCAUUUAGAUGUAAAUAUUUCACCUAGACCAGCUAGCAUUCUGCAAUGGACUGGUACUGCACUGCAAACUGAACCAAAGUGGUCUCUCUGGCCUAGACAGAUGACAGCAAGAAAAGAGCAGGUCAAUUAAAUAUCAUUGGGACAUUCUUAUUAAACCCAUGUAGACUGAGGGGAGCAGGAGAGAAAUGGUACACAGUAUGUUACAUAAAUUUCUGGUAAUUCAGUAAGUAUCAUCGGAGGUCCAAGAACAGUUUUCUGGAAGUGACUAACAAGAUUCAGCAGCACAAUCCAGCAGUGGUGAGAACUUUAGCAUUAACCCAUUUAUCAAGAAUAUGUGAAUCAGGAAAGUCCUAUUUGUAAAAAUAAAUGUGUACGCAAGAAGGGGAGGGGGCAAUAGGGGAGUCUGGGGUAUUUAGUAUCAGUCCUGGAGAAUAGUACAAGGCAGAAAGCACACAGGGGCUGACAUCCUCCUGACUUAUCUUGGUAUUUUCUGGAGAUGGGUAGGUCUGCAUAAUGUGAAUAUAUUAUUUAUUGAUAUUUCAUUGUGCUGGGAUCCGACUGGCACUUGGACUGGCAGUGCCCUGCAAUUGGUUGAGCCUGGCACACUCUGCCAUAGGGGGAGAGAUUGACUCAGAUUUUCCCUCAGCUACUGGAGUGACACUGAAUGUUAUUAGGAGCAAACAGGGCAUUUGUGGCUACAACAGGAUCAUUGAUUUAAUGUACAUUUUUUCUGAAAAUAUGCAUUUUAUUGUUAUUGUUUUUUUUGCCAGCUUCUCCCCCCAGGGUUGUGCAGUGCACAGUACUUCUGCGGGGCCAGCAUAACCAAGAGCAACCUGCUUACAGCAACUGCUUCCUUUCUCUGUUUACGCUCACUCACUUCCUCUCAGUUAGUCUAAGGCACUUCUAAAUUCAGGAGAGAAAAAAAUAUAUCAGCUCCACAUUGGUGAUGUACUGGCUCUUUUGUAAUCUUGCAUUCUGUCUUCUGGAAACAUUUUCUUGUGUUAUCUAUAGCGCUGUUAUCAUAAUGUUAGCUGGGGGCUGUGCCUCCUUUAUUCCAAUUUUAAUUUAAAGAAACUGACAAUGUCAUACUGGUUCAUACUGGGCACUUCAAAAUGUUUUGUUUUUUGAAAGGUAGGCUUACGUAGUGCAUCCUCUAAAAAAUGAAUUGUCUGUGAAGGUAAAAUGGGGGUAUAGAGUCAGACAAGUCGCAAAAAUCGCACAGUUCUCUGUGAACCUUUGUGCUUUGCAGAAAGAAAAUUGAAAAAAUGUCAGAUCUAGGCUGUAGAGCUCAGAGGUGGGGUGGAGAUGCAGUUUUGACCAAAGAGAUGGUUGCCUCACGUGUAGUCACACAAACAGCACAGUACACUCGCUGUCGACAAAGGGGUGAGAUAGGGCACCCCUGCGUAGCAUUUUCACUAUUAAAUCAUCAGUAGACUUCACAAAUAAGUUAGGUUCAUUUGUUUCUCUCUGUGAGCCAGGGAGAGCCACAGACUGAAAGAGGGAAAGGCCAGAAACUGUUGCUGUAAUGAGGUUCUCCUCAUGUCACUGUGUCACCGUUGUGGUGCCAAGCUGGUGUCAGUCAGAGUUUUGCUGAAUGCAAAUGCAUCCCAGAAAUGACCAGAGACAAAACAAUUGUGUUUUGAUGUGUGUAUUUUCAGUUUGCUGAGACAUCGCAAAUGAUGCCAAAUAAAACACUCUGUAUUUUACGUCUGA